UACACACAGGUACUCACUGAGCGCCAAAACAAACAAAACUCGAUUGAAAAUUGUGUGCGAUAGUACUAGAGCUGGGACCAAAAUAAUGUUUCGCGAGGCACUCGUCACGCUCGUCGUUCUGAUUACAUGACGAGUCGGGCCAGUCAUGGAUCCUGAACCAACGGGACAUUGACAAGGGUUGCAUCCAAUGUUGACGAUGUCGUGGUUUCAGUCAUGUCAACAUUGAUGGGGAUAGGGAUCUGACUAAUAAGCAAAGAAGUAUUACAUUCGUAAGGCGGAGUUCCGACGGCAAAGUCUGAUGACAGCUUUACACUAUUCGGCAACGGGGAUCAGAUGGUAGUAAAGUUACCAUGGAAACUGAAAAGUUAUUGUUCAUUCUGGCUGUCGUAUAUUUGAACAUCAUUAGGCAAGUCACUGGAACCGACGCGCCAGAAGAGCAACUGUCAUCAUCAUAUUUGUUCGAUUCAGUUGAGCUGAGCUUUUGGAUUGCCCUCGGCCUCGCCUCAUCCGUUAUCAUAACCUGCUUAUGUUGUAUCUUCUGCUGCAAACGAAAUUCGCUUCUUUCUCGUUCAGCAGCGCCAUCUACGUCACAGCAAGUUCAGGUCAGAGAAGGGCAAGCAAACAGUGGCUUCGACUAUUCGGAUCCGCCACCUCCAUACUCCGAAGCGCUAAAAUACGCGCUCAAUAAGGACAUCGAGGGAUUGCCUGAAUACUCCGAAACAUACUUAUGAAAUUGAGCGCGGACUUCAUUUAUCUAAUAACGAGUGGUUAUUUUUGUAAGUCUCGGAUCUGUAUUCAUUGUUAACUCACAAUGACACUAAGCUUGAUAUAUAAUGGGGAAAAAUACACUUUUCGAGCAUUCGACAUUGGAAGCAGAGGGUAUGGAGUGGAAUACUAGCAUAAUACUAUCCAUUUUUUUUUCACAAUCGGUAGCAGGCUCAUCGGUAGCCAUUUUGGCACCAAUACACCGGGAAAGUGUUCCGUCACAUUUCAUCGGCAUGAUCGUUCUCGUUGCGCAACUUUAUAGUAUUAGACUCCGGGUGUGUACACUGAAACUACGCCUCUACGUUGGUACUGCAGCACGAGCUACCCAAAGACCUUAUGGCGGUAAUGAUCGAGACAUUUUCGAUAUAUGAAUAUAAAAAUGUCGAAGGUCAGGCGACUGCAACGUUAAGACAUCCUCUGAGAUCCACGGGAAUUCAACGGACUAUGACCCUUUUUUUCCGGCGGGUGACACUGUCACUCAUCAUGUUACUAUUUAUUUAAAAUAUUUGUGCUGUAUAUAAUUACAUACAUCGCUAUUUCAUUCCGCCUGCAUUAAGGCAGAGCAAACUUAUUACUUAUUACACGUCGCAGAAACGUUGCACACAUAUUCAGCCCCCCCCCCCCCCCACCCCUGCUUAUGUGCUGGCAGAGCAGUAUUUGUUGAGCCAUUGGUGAGCGAUCUUUGUUCGAAAUCCAUGGCACAGGACAAAUGGCAAGAGUAAUGACAAUGUUACUGCUUUCACUUUACUUUUAUCAAUACUCAUGUAAAUAUUCCAGGACAGUGGAUUAUUACAAAUCAUAUUUGAUUAGGUACUCAAAUUGACAAUGAAAGGAAGACCAAUUUCAUGUACAAUAGAGUUUUCAUAUUUUCAUCGCAUUGCCAAUUUGAGGAAUUUAGUGAGUAUUUUAUUUAAAUGAAAAUACUUCAAUAAAAUAGAAUUUAAAGCUGUGCACUAUUGAAAGAGAACUUUUUUUGAUGUAUUUGCAUGAACCAAGCAAUCUAUGAAAGUUAACUUAAAACAUAUAGAUUAAUUAUCAUUUCCUUCAACAAUGGCCGUUUUGCUAUAAGCUGAUAAGAGUGCAACAAGAGAUUAUGUCAAUACCAUAGGGUUAUAACUAUCUUUGAAAUUGAUAUAUCUUGUGAAUUUCAUUUCAAUCAAUGUCUCUAACGAUUAACAUACUUAAGUAAAAUAUGGCAAAUUGAAUAUCAAUUUUUCCCAUGUGGUAAAAAAUGUGG